CCCUGAUUUCAUUGUCAACUGCUAGUCGGCAAGGAGCUACAGCGAAAAGAUGGCCAUCGGAGAUUAUCCAGCGGAGUACAAUCCCAAAAUCCACGGACCAUACGAUCCGGCCCGCUUUUACGGUAAACCCGAUACUCCAUUCGGACAGGUGAAGGUUGGUGAAAUUGGUGCUUGGUUAGGCCGCCGAGAUAAGAGUCCUCGGGCAUUGGCCGGGGUUUUCAGCCGUACGUUUUGGAGAUGGCAACAUAAGUACAUGCAGCCGAAGCGUACCGGAAUCGCUCCGUUCUUUCAAGUAAUCGUUGGUGGAAUGGUCUUUUUCUACGCCAUUAAUUACGGCAAGCUGAAGCAUCAUCGCAACUAUAAGUAUCACUAAACGUAACGCCCGUCGCCUAGCAAGUGCGUCGACUCCAAGCAUUGAACAAAUUGUAGCACGUAUUCUCUCAUUUUCAGAAAAUCGCUCUUUCAAUGCUAGAACACUAUGCUUGAUGGCCUAUUAGUGAACUCAUGGUUGGAAUGAAAAUGAAACUGAAGAAAAUUAUGCAAUGAGUUGAAAAUAAAAAUCCAAACGUAUAGUAAACGAAAGCUGGUAUAGUUUUACUAUCAACAAAUUA